AGUUGUCCCACCAACAUCAGCCACGUGGAAUAAACCUGCAUUGUCUAUAUUAUCACUGAUAAUAUAGACAAUAUCAUUGUUGGAUUGAUGAAGUAAUACAAUAAAUGGUCGUUUAAUGUGUGUAAAAGUGACCGUUAUUAGCCGCUAAACUUGCCAAAGAGAACCGUUGGGUGUCUGUUUGCGUCAGACUUUACGCGCCUCACCGCAUGUCAAUUUCCAUCAAGGAGCUCUCGGUGAUCUCGCAUCUCAGUGCGCGCAGAGGAGAGAUGGGUGAAUAUAUGCCUUACUGAACGUGGGGAUUUUUUAAAAACUGUUUUUGAAUAUAGACUGUUGUUCAACUUCGAAUAAGAUUCUGGACAAAGCAAAGCGUAUCCCAACCGUCUCCUUCUUCACAUCUCUGUGGAUUCGACCCUCUGAACAUCUCUGACCCUAGCCGUCAGACUCCUACCACCCAACCGUCACCAUGCUUAAGAACAGCAAGGUGACCCUGGGACUCCCUCACAGUGAUCCAGUCACUGAGUCAGUGGCGGACCUCCUGACCCUGGCUGAGCCCCUGGACUAUAAGAGCAGCCGGAUGAGUAUGGGUCUCAGCCCCGGGGCCCAGCCGGCCAUGGGCAAGGGCCUGCUACCUUCUCCAGGGGACGAGGAGGGGAGGCCGGCCUGGAACAGCAAGCUGCAGUAUAUCCUGGCCCAGGUUGGCUUUUCUGUAGGCCUGGGCAACGUCUGGAGGUUCCCUUACCUGUGUCAGAAGAAUGGAGGAGGUGCGUACCUGGUCCCUUACUUUAUCCUCCUCAUUCUCAUUGGUAUCCCUCUGUUCUUUCUGGAGCUGGCGGUGGGCCAGAGGAUCCGGCGUGGGAGCAUUGGAGUGUGGAACUAUGUUUACCCUCAGCUAGGAGGCAUCGGUGUCUCCAGUCUAAUGGUGUGUGGCUUCGUGGGCCUGUACUACAACGUGAUUAUCGGCUGGAGUAUCUUCUACUUCUUCCAGUCCUUCCAGUACCCGCUGCCCUGGGCAGAGUGCCCCAUCAGGGUGGGCAACGGGAGCCAAGCCAUAAUCGAACCGGAGUGUGAAAAGUCUUCUGCCACCACCUACUUCUGGUACCGGCAGACCUUGAACAUCACCAGCACCAUCGAGGACAGCGGAGGCCUCAACUGGAAGAUGACCCUGUCCCUGUUCGCCGCCUGGCUCAUCGUCUGUCUGGCAGUCAUCAAGGGUAUUCAGUCAUCUGGGAAGGUGAUGUACUUCAGCUCUCUCUUCCCCUACGUGGUGUUGAUCUGUUUCCUCGUCAGAGGCCUGAUGCUCAAAGGAUCUGUUGACGGCAUCGCUCACAUGUUCACCCCAAAGUUGGAGAAGAUGCUGGAGCCCCAGGUUUGGAGGGAGGCAGCCACCCAGGUGUUCUUCGCUCUGGGCCUUGGGUUCGGAGGGGUCAUAGCCUUCUCCAGCUACAACAAGCGGGACAACAACUGUCACUUUGACGCAGCGCUGGUCUCUAUCAUCAACUUCAUCACCUCCAUCCUGGCUACGCUGGUGGUGUUCGCCGUGCUGGGGUUCAAGGCCAACAUCAUGAACGAGAAAUGUGUUGUGGAGAAUGCAGAGAAGAUCCUAGGUUACCUUAAGUCAGGUGUGUUGAGUCUUGAGCUGAUCCCUCCCCACGUCAACUUCUCUCACCUGUCAGCUGUGGACUAUCAGGAGAUGUAUGGAGUGAUCAAGACUGUCAGGGAGGACAGCUUCGAUCAGCUAGGACUGGACCCCUGUUUACUGGAGGACGAACUCAACAAGGCAGUGCAGGGUACAGGCCUGGCCUUCAUUGCCUUCACUGAGGCCAUGACUCACUUCCCUGCCUCUCCCUUCUGGUCUGUCAUGUUCUUCUUCAUGCUGAUUAACCUGGGGCUGGGGUCCAUGAUCGGCACCAUGACAGGGAUCACCACACCUGUACUGGACGCCUUCCCCAAGAUACGCAAGGAGUUCCUCUGUGUUGGUUGUUGCAUUGUGGCGUUCUUCUGCGGCCUGCUGUUCGUCCAGCGCUCAGGGAACUACUUUGUGACCAUGUUUGAUGACUACUCAGCUGGCCUGCCUCUCACUGUGGUGGUUAUACUGGAGAAUAUAUCUGUGGCCUGGAUCUACGGCACCAAGAGGUUCAUGCAGGAUCUAGAGGACAUGUUGGGUUUCAGACCCUACUCUUUCUAUUUCUAUAUGUGGAAGUACGUGUCUCCUGCCUGUCUCAUCGUGCUCAUCAUUGCCACUGUGAUAGAGAUGGCCAUCAGUCCUGCAGGGUACAACGCCUGGGUGGAGGAACUGGCGUCUGAGAAGUUCCUCUCCUACCCUCCGUGGGCUCUGGGAGUGGCCUACUCCCUCAUCAUCGCUGCCAUGCUUCCUCUCCCCUGCGUCUUCAUCGCCCGCCACUUCAACCUGGUCUCUGACGGCUCCAACAAGCUGUCCGUCUCCUACCGUAAAGGCAUGACCAAGGACCUCUCUGGCCUAGAGGAGGAGAACGAGUCCCGCUUCAUCCUCAGUAAAGGCACCCCCAGCCCCAGCCCCUCGCCCAUGCCCUCUCACCGCCCCUACCUGGGGCCAGGCGGAGCCCAGGAGAUGACCAAUACGGCUGGAUAUGGUACCGGGACACCGACCAAGACGGGUUAUCAGAAUAUUAAUUCGCCAGAGUCCGAACUAUGAUUGAUCUGACUGACUGAAGCACAAGACACCCUAUCUAUCAAACACAACUCAACAAAACCCAUUCAUACAGAGAGAGAGAGAAAGAGAGAGAGAGAGAGAGAGACAGAGAGAGAGACAGAGGGAGAGAGAGAGAGAGAGAGAGCAGGGGAGGUUUCAGUGUAACCUACGAAAGAGAGAGAGAGAGAGAGAGGGCGAGAGAGAGAGAGAGAGACGAAGAGAGAGAGAGAGAGAGAGAGAGAGAGAGAGAGAGAGAGAGAGAGAGAGAGAGAGAGAGAGAGAGACAGAGGGAGAGAGAGAGAGAGAGAGCAGGGGAGGUUUCAGUGUAACCUACGAAAGAGAGAGAGAGAGAGAGAGAGAGAGAGAGAGAGAGAGAGACAGACAGACAGAGAGAGAGAGACAGAGGGAGAGAGAGAGAGAGAGAGAGACAGAGGGAGAGAGAGAGAGAGAGAGAGAGCAGGGGAGGUUUCAGUGUAACCUACGAAAGAGAGAGAGAGAGAGACAGAGAGAGAGAGACAGAGAGACAGAGAGAGAGAGAGAGACGAAGAGAGAGAGAGACAGAGAGAGAGAGACAGAGAGACAGAGAGACAGAGAGAGAGAGAGAGACAAAGAGAGAGAGAGAGAGAGAGAGAGAGAGAGAGAGAGAGAGAGAGAGAGAGAGAGAGAGAGAGAGACAGAGAGACAGAGAGAGAGAACACUGCGGGGGAGGUUUCAGUGUAACCUAACCCCCUCCACUUCAUUCCUCCAUUACAGAACAGCAUCUCUCCAUCCAUAAUAAUUAGGAUCUCUUCUUCUCCAGGUAAUGUGGUUAAGAGGUACGGUGUGUUGUGGUGUAACUGUGUUAAAGUCAAGGUGUCCUAGCCACUGCAAUACGACGGUCACACUGAUCAUAGUGUUUUUGUGCACGCUAGGUUUAUUUUGGGUGAUGGAAGGAGCUGUGUUAUCUCAGGAAGCUCUUAAAGUCUUUUCUUCAUUCCAUAAAAGAGGAUUAUAUCCCAUAGAGUAGAAGGGGAUUCAGACGAGCACAAGGCAUUUUCCACUUCACCACCAUCACUUUUUUCUCUCACUUUUAUCACAUGAAACAAUCUCUACAGACCCUCUUAGUGGAAAUCUGACCUGGGCUGCAUCCUAAAUGGAACCCUAUGGACUCUGGUCAAAAGUAGUGCACUAUAUAUAGGGAAAGGGGUCCAUAGGACUCUGACCAAAAGUAGUGCCCUUUGUAGGGAAUAGGGUGCCAUUUGGGACACGCACUCAGUAGUAAAUGAUUCUUCUACAGCAUCGUACCUUAACUCUUAAAACUGAGCUAUUGUACCCACCAAGUAAAAUGGAUCGCCUUCUAUCUUUCUGUUAUUUACAAUUUGUUGUGAGACCUAGAAACCAUGUAAACCUACAUGUUAGGAGAUGAAGGUUUAGUCUGAAGACGAAGGUUUCCUGUUCACCUAGCUGUACAGAACAGCCCCCUUUCUCUCCACUGUUCACCUAGCUGUAAAGAACAGCCCCCCUCUCUACUGUUCACCUAGCUGUAAAGAACAGCCCCCCUCUCUACUGUUCACCUAGCUGUAAAGAACAGCCCCCCCUCUCUCUACUGUUCACCUAGCUGCAAAGAACAGCCCCUCUCUCUACUGUUCACCUAGCUGUAAAGAACAGCCCCCCUCUCUACUGUUCACCUAGCUGUAAAGAACAGCCCCCCCCUCUCUCUACUGUUCACCUAGCUGUAAAGAACAGCCCCGCCUCUCUCUACUGUUCACCUAGCUGUAAAGAACAGCCCCCUUUCUCUCUGCUGUUCACCUACCUGUAAAGAACAGCCCCCUUUCUCUCUGCUGUUCACCUAGCUGUAAAGAACAGCCCCCUUUCUCUCCACUGUUCACCUAGCUGUAAAGAACAGCCCCCCCUCUCUCUACUGUUCACCUAGCUGUAAAGAACAGCCCCCUCUCUCUACUGUUCACCUAGCUGUAAAGAACAGCCCCCCCUCUCUCUACUGUUCACCUAGCUGUAAAGAGCAGCCCCACCCUCUCUCUGCUGUUCACCUAGCUGUAAAGAACAGCCCCCCUCUCAACUGUUCACCUAGCUGUAAAGAGCAGCCCCCCCUCUCUCUACUGUUCACCUAGCUGUAAAGAACAGCCCCCCCCUCUCUCUGCUGUUCACCUAGCUGUAAAGAACAGCCCCCCCUCUCUCUACUGUUCACCUAGCUGUAAAGAGCAGCCCCCCCUCUCUCUGCUGUUCACCUAGAUGUAAAGAACAGCCCCCCUCUCUCUGCUGUUCACCUAGAUGUAAAGAACAGCCCCCCUCUCUCUACUGUUCACCUAUCUGUAAAGAACAGCCCCUCCUCUCUCUACUGUUCACCUAGCUGUAAAGAACAGCCCCCCUCUCUCUCUGCUGUUCACCUAGCUGUAAAGAACAGCCCCCCUCUCUACUGUUCACCUAGCUGUAAAGAACAGCCCAACUCUCUCUACUGUUCACCUAGCUGUAAAGAACAGCCCCCCCCCCUCUACUGUUCACCUAGCUGUAAAGAACAGCCCACCCUCUCUCUCUACUGUUCACCUAGCUGUAAAGAAGAGCCCCCCCUCUCUCUGCUGUUCACCUAGCUGUAAAGAACAGCCCCCCCCCUCUCUACUGUUCACCUAGCUGUAAAGAACAGCCCCUCUCUCUACUGUUCACCUAGCUGUAAAGAACAGCCCCCCCUCUCUCUGCUGUUCACCUAGCUGUAAAGAACAGCCCCCCCCCCCUCUCUCUGCUGUUCACCUAGAUGUAAAGAACAGCCCCCUCUCUCUACUGUUCACCUAGCUGUAAAGAACAGCCCCCCUCUCUCUCUCUGCUGUUCACCUAGCUGUAAAGAACAGCCCCCCUCUCUCUACUGUUCACCUAGCUGUAAAGAACAGCCCACCUCUCUCUACAGUUCACCUAGCUGUAAAGAACAGCCCCCCCCCCUCUACUGUUCACCUAGCUGUAAAGAACAGCCCCCCCUCUCUCUCUACUGUUCACCUAGCUGUAAAGAACAGCCCCCCCUCUCUCUGCUGUUCACCUAGCUGUAAAGAACAGCCCCCCCCUCUCUACUGUUCACCUAGCUGUAAAGAACAGCCCCUCUCUCUACUGUUCACCUAGCUGUAAAGAACAGCCCCCCCUCUCUCUGCUGUUCACCUAGCUGUAAAGAACAGCCCCCCCCCUCUCUCUGCUGUUCACCUAGAUGUAAAGAACAGCCCCCUCUCUCUACUGUUCACCUAGCUGUAAAGAACAGCCCCCCUCUCUCUCUCUGCUGUUCACCUAGCUGUAAAGAACAGCCCCCCUCUCUCUACUGUUCACCUAGCUGUAAAGAACAGCCCCCCUCUCUACUGUUCACCUAGCUGUAAAGAACAGCCCCCCCUCUCUCUCUACUGUUCACCUAGCUGUAAAGAACAGCCCCCCCUCUCUCUGCUGUUCACCUAGCUGUAAAGAACAGCCCCCCCCUCUCUACUGUUCACCUAGCUGUAAAGAACAUCCCCCUCUCUCUCUGCUGUUCACCUAGCUGAAAAGAACAGCCCCCCCUCUCUACUGUUCACCUAGCUGUAAAGAACAGCCCCACUCUCUCUCUACUGUUCACCUAGCUGUAAAGAACAGCCCCCCUCUCUCUCUACUGUUCACCUAGCUGUAAAGAACAGCCCCCCCUCUCUCUGCUGUUCACCUAGCUGUAAAGAACAGCCCCCCUCUCUACUGUUCACCUAGCUGUAAAGAACAGCCCCCCUCUCUCUCUGCUGUUAACCUAGCUGUAAAGAACAGCCCCCCCUCUCUACUGUUCACCUAGCUGUAAAGAACAGCCCCACCUCUCUCUACUGUUCACCUAGCUGUAAAGAACAGCCCACCUCUCUCUACUGUUCACCUAGCUGUAAAGAACAGCCCCCCCUCUCUUUACUGUUCACCUAGCUGUAAAGAACAGCCCCCCCUCUCUCUGCUGUUCACCUAGCUGUAAAGAACCGCCCCCCUCUCUCUCUGCUGUUCACCUAGUUGUAAAGAACAGCCCACCUCUCUCUACUGUUCACCUAGCUGUAAAGAACAGCCCCCCCUCUCUUUACUGUUCACCUAGAUGUAAAGAACAGCCCCCCCUCUCUCUACUGUUGACCUAGCUAUAAAGAACAGCCCCCCUCUCUCUCUCUACUGUUCACCUAGAUGUAAAGAACAGCCCCCCCCCUCUCUCUACUGUUCACCUAGCUGUAAAGAACAGCCCCCCUCUCUAUCUGCUGUUCACCUAGCUGUAAAGAACAGCCCACCUCUCUCUACUGUUCACCUAGCUGUAAAGAACAGCCUCCCUCUCUCUCUGCUGUUCACCUAGCUGUAAAGAACAGCCCACCACUCUCUACUGUUCACCUAGCUGUAAAGAACAGCCCCCCUCUCUCUACUGUUCACCUAGCUGUAAAGAACAGCCCCCCCCUCUCUACUGUUCACCUAGCUGUAAAGAACAGCCCCCCUCUCUCUCUGCUGUUCACCUAGCUGUAAAGAACAGCCCACCUCUCUCUACUGUUCACCUAGCUGUAAAGAACAGCCCCCCUCUCUCUCUGCUGUUCACCUAGCUGUAAAGAACAGCCCCCCUCUCUCUCUACUGUUCACCUAGCUGUAAAGAACAGCCCCCCCCCCUCUCUCUGCUUUCACCUAGCUGUAAAGAGCAGCCCCCCCUCUCUCUACUGUUCACCUAGCUGUAAAGAACAGCCCCCCCCUCUCUACUGUUCACCUAGCUGUAAAGAACAGCCCCCCCUCUCUCUACUGUUCACCUAGCUGUAAAGAACAGCCCCCCUCUCUCUCUACUGUUCACCUAGCUGUAAAGAACAGCCCCCCCCCUCUCUCUACUGUUCACCUAGCUGUAAAUAACAGCCCCCCCUCUCUACUGUUCACCUAGCUGUAAAGAACAGCCCCCCUCUCUCUACUGUUUACCUAGAUGUAAAGAACAGCCCCCUUUCUCUCUGCUGUUCCCCUAGCUGUAAAGAACAGCCCACCUCUCUCUACUGAUCACCUAGCUGUAAAGAACAGCCCCCUCUCUCUACUGUUCACCUAGCUGUAAAGAACAGCCCCCCUCUCUCUCUGCUGUUCACCUAGAUGUAAAGAACAGCCCACCUCUCUCUCUGCUGUUCACCUAGCUGUAAAGAACAGCCCCUCUCUCUACUGUUCACCUAGCUGUAAAGAACAGCCCCCCCUCUCGCUCUACUGUUGACCUAGCUGUAAAGAACAGCCCCCCUCUCUCUCUGCUGUUCACCUAGAUGUAAAGAACAGCCCCCCUCUCUUUCUGCUGUUCACCUAGCUGUAAAGAACAGCCCCUCUCUCUACUGUUCACCUAGCUGUAAAGAACAGCCCCCCCUCUCGCUCUACUGUUCACCUAGCUGUAAAGAACAACCUCGCCUCUCUACUGUUCACCUAGCUGUAAAGAACAGCCCCCCCUCUCGCUCUACUGUUCACCUAGCUGUAAAGAACAGCCCACCUCUCUCUACUGUUCACCUAGCUGUAAAGAACAGCCCCCCCUCUCGCUCUACUGUUCACCUAGCUGUAAAGAACAGCCCACCUCUCUCUACUGUUCACCUAGCUGUAAAGAACAGCCCCCCCUCUCGCUCUACUGUUCACCUAGCUGUAAAGAACAGCCCCUCUCUCUACUGUUCACCUAGCUGUAAAGAACAGCCCCCCCUCUCGCUCUACUGUUCACCUAGCUGUAAAGAACAGCCCACCUCUCUCUUCUGUUCACCUAGCUGUAAAGAACAGCCCCCCCUCUCGCUCUACUGUUCACCUAGCUGUAAAGAACAGCCCCCCCCUCUCUCUAUUGUUCACCUAGCGUCGCCCCUAAAACCCCAUAUCGCCCCUAAAACCCCACGUCGCCUCUAAAACCUCACGUCGCCCCUAAAACCUCACGUCGCCCCUAAAACCCCACGUCGCCCCUAAAACCUCACGUCGCCCCUAAAACCCCACGUCGCCCCUAAAACCCCACGUCGCCCCUAAACCCCAUAUCGCCCCUAAAACCCCACGUCGCCCCUAAAACCCCACUGAACCAAACAAAACAAGUCCCCUAUGAGACCAAACAGAGCAGAGCCACUACGGAUGUUGAUGGCAGUCCUCAUCUAUCAUACACUAGAUGAAGGGGGCCCCCAUUUUAAUCCAUUCUUAGAAGGCAGCAUGAUUCACCUGUGCUCAGAUAAGCCAAUCAGCUAGCGUUUGAUCACCAGGCAUUGUGUGUGCUCUGCAAACAGCCCAGGUGACCCCAGUAUUACAAAUAGAACUAUGUACCCAGGGGAUUGCUGUUGACCGUUGUUCAAAAAUUGAUCAAUGGGAAAUGUAAGGCUAAUUAAUAAUGUACAUUCCUCUAAUUAUCUUCUUCGGUAAGCACUCUGAUCAAUCAAUGGCACUAAUAAUAGAUUUUAUUUCUGUGAAUUGUCAAGUUUUUUUUUUUUAAAGACCUUUUAUUUUCAUGGUUGAAAUAUUUGUAUGAUAGUGUGAGAUUUGUCUAAAUAAUAACUAUUAUGUGGAUAUAAUGUAGUGUGUAAUGUAGUGUACAAAAUGAAACUCGUAUUUUUUUGUUGAUGCAAUAGCAGACUUGAACCACAUGGUGACACUGUUGGCCACCAGAGGAGUACCUGACAGUGUCUGUGUGUUUCCUGCCUCACCCUGAAGACAGUGAUGAUACACACAGAGCACACUGUGGCUCUUCUAAAAAAAAAACAUCCAUCCUCUCCUUUCCUCCUCUCCUUGCCUCCUCUCCUUGCCUCCUCUCCUUCAUUACUCUGAUCUGAAAGAAAUGACUAGGAGGGGGCUGGAUACAAGCUGAAUACACGAAGUAGCUCGGAACAUUCACUUUAUAGCUUGAUUGAAAUGUAAAGGCAAUGUUCCCGCAUUCAUGGAGACUCGUGCAUUCACGGUAAACACUGCAUACAUGUUUGUCGGCUCAAUUGGAAAUUACCCUAAACUCUUAACGCAGAUCUGCUUCAGCGAUACUUCAGCGAUACAGAUUGAAUCCGGAUCUAGGACAAAGUACUUUCUAAACAUGAAGGAAAGAAAAUUAUGAGAGAACAGAUUUUUAAAGUGACUGAGAAUGAGAUAGAGUCAAUGUGUUGCUGGCAGCCAACCCAGAUAUGGUUUAUAAUGUUUGUUACAGGCUUUGACCAACCCAGAUAUGGUUUAUAAUGUUGUUACAGGCUUUGACCAACCCAGAUAUAGUUUAUAAUGUUUGUUACAGGCUUUGACCAACCCAGAUAUGGUUUAUAAUGUUUGUUACAGGCUUUGACCAACCUGUUGCCUGGACAGCAUCUCUGUGUCUGUCUGUUAGCCUUUUGUUAAAGUCGUCUUUAUGGAGACAUUAUGUAGAGUUGUUAUGUAGCACAUAGUCCCAGCCACGUGAGCACUGUACCGCAGGUAGAGACACUGGAGUUGAACAUCAUGCCCUGAUCAAACAGAAAACCAGCGACAGAGUAUGUCUUGUCUGUCUCAGGUUUUCCAGAAUACGGUUUGGAGGAUUCCAACUCAUGAAGGAGUUUUUCUUCACUUCAUUCCGGGAAAAGCUGGGAAUUUUGGGGAAAUGGUUCAACCCCUAGGAGUGAUAGAUCUCUAAUGGUGGUAGCCGAUACACAAUACCCAGCACAGGAUAGAAAGUCCAGGCACAAACAGACAAACAAAACGCCUCUUUAGAUUUCAGUAAAGCACAGCAGUAAAGCGCACAUCUGAAGCACAACUGUAGAAGCACAAAGGAAGUGAGGUAGCAGAAUAGAUUAUUGCAUUGUUACCAGCAAAUAGAGCACAGCACUUACUCAUAGCGUUGUAUUGACUGGUGGAUCACAGCCGCAGGUUGCUAGGGACUACAUGGUCAUGUUGGAAGACGAGCUAGCAGAUCACUUAGCUACAUACCCAUACAGGCUACAGUACGUGUAUGGGCUAAUGUGUAUAGCAGGAACUCACAGGGUUGUAUGCCAAAUGGCAUUAUUUUCCCUAUAUAGUGCAUUUGGGACGUAAACACAGGAAACCUAUCUCUUUCUCCCUUUCAAAAAGUUACGGAUUGUAUAGCACUUAAACAGACUAACAUGGUUCAUGAAUUAAUUAUACUAAAAGGUCAUAGAGGAAAUUAUUACCAAUUAGAGAGCUAGAAUCACUUGAACUAUUAUUGAUGGAGGGAGGCCAGGGAGGGGGGGGGGAGAGAGGGAUAGAAGGAGGUAGAGAGAGAGAGAGAGAGAGAGAGAGAGAGAGAGAGAGAGAGAGAGAUGAGAAAGAGAGAUUGAGAGAGAGAGAGAGAGAGAGAGAGAGAGAAGAAGAGAGAUAGGGAGAGAGAGAGAGAGAGAGAAAGAGAGAUUAAGCGAGAGGGAGAGAGAUGAGAGAGAGAGAGAGAGAGAGAGAGAGAGAGAGAGAGGAACAGUCUGAAAGGAUACAGAAAGCACACAAAGUGGACAGAGACUAGAAGGUGUAUAUUGCACAUUGCCUUUAAUCAUUAAUUUGCCUAGAAAUGUAUUUGCGUUAAGUUCCCUAAAUCACAUAUUGAGGUAAUGUAAUGUCAACUCCAUGGCCUGUAUGUAUUAUCACUGUUUCAAUACUGCCUUGUACAAGUACAACACAUUAAUCCUGUGUAGACUAACUCAUUUUCUCUCAAAUUACAGUGAUAGUGUAUUUAUAUAACAGUGAUAAUAUGCUUUAUUCUGUGAAAGAUCAAUAUAUUGAACUACAGUACUUAAUGGGGGAAGUUUAGGAUUCUACAACUUGAUGUUAGCUGGUUCCUCACCCUGGUAGUGGUCUAGAUGCACCAUUCACUGCCAUUGAUUGUUAGCUAGCGGUGGCUAAAGGUAGCUAAAGUUUGUACCAUUCACUUCCAUUGAUUGUUAGCUAGCGGUGGCUAAAGGUAGCUAAAGUUUGUACCAUUCACUUCCAUUGAUUGUUAGCUAGCGGUGGCUAAAGGUAGCUAAAGUUUGUAGAUUCUGUUUGGAGAAAAACCGAUCCAUUAGUUACAGUUUCUCCUGGCCCAUACGACAAACCAUUUAACAUCAAAUUGUAAAAUCCCCUAACUGCCCCUUUUUUUCUGUAUAUUUACUCUGUAGAUGUUGAUGUACAUUCUGUCAAAUUCAAAAUGAAUAUAUCUAUCUAUAAAUAUAAUAGGAGUGACAGGGUGAAUACUUGAGCUGUAUAUAAUAAUUGUAUAUUUUUAGAUAUUUCCGAUUUUUGUACGUAAUGUACCCUUAUUGUGUCUGUAGAUUUACAAUGAUAAUAUAGUAUUAGUGUGAGAUUGUUGUUCUCAGUCAAAAUAACUGGAGAGACUGUACUUUGAUGUGUGUGUGUGUGUGUGUGUGUGUGUGUGUGUGUGUGUGUGUGUGUGUGUGUGUGUGUGUGUGUGUGUGUGUGUGUGUGUGUGUGUGUGUGUGUGUGUGUGUGUGUGUGUGUGUGUGUGUCUGGUGUGCGCACGUGUGUGUGUGCGCACGCGUCUGGUGUCUGUGUUACCUGUAAGAUGUCACUGUUUAAAACUGGUUGUGUGUUUCUUGAUUUCCACCUUCAGUGAUUACAGCUUUACUAACUGUAGUCAAGUAGAUGAUGUGAACUCCGUUGUAAUGACGCUAAGCAAUCUAUCAGUGUUACGUGUCUCUUCAGUUGCUCUUUAGGACAACUUUCUGGCUCCACAGAAAUGACAACUUGAACGUGGUCCUCCCCUGUGUGACAAUUCAUGAGCAUUAGCACUGUAGCAAUCUAUCUUUUUUGUCUUAGACAAAAAUUGAAAUAAAAGUGACCACUUGUAUGAACCACGUUA